AUGGCUUGCUUAGUCUCCGCCUUCACCCUUCCUCUGUGUGCUUCACCACCCAACAAGCCCGGAGUGCGUCAACAUCGAUUAAAUUUUGCUCUGGAUAGACUUUUAAGCAAAGCCACGAUUCGUACAGCUCAAAAAAUUAUUGGAUCUAGCAGUUCAAAUAAAAACACACUAUCCUUGAAAGGAAGCUGUCACCGUUGUUUGAUGUCAUGCACAAAAAUUCUACAUGAAACUUACGUAUAUAAUUUGAAUGUAGAUUGUUGUACUGAAAUAGUUAUAUCUGGAUAUUGGGUGGGACCUGAUGCUGAUGAUGGGUGGGGAUUUGUGGAAGCUGUAAUUAAUCAAAUGAAUUGA